CAUCCCACCCACAAACCCCAAAAAAAAAAACCCAUCUUCUCCAUUUCAAUGGCUUCCACUUUCGCAGCCAUCCUCCCAUCCUUCUCCCUAAUGAUGCUUCUAUCCCUCUCCCACAUCCAAGCAGCAGCAACUCCUCCUCCUCCUCGGCCGGCGCCCGUCCUUCCGACGGCCGCGAGGGACUUCCUCGCCGCCCACAACGCCGCCAGGACGGCGGUUGGAGUCCCUCCCCUGACCUGGAGCCCGAAGCUAUCCGCCGCCGCGGGCAGGACGGCCAGGCUCCAGACCAGGUGCCAGUUCGCCAACCUGACCGACAGCCAGUACGGCGCCAACCAGAUGUGGGCGAGCGGCGGAGUGGUGCCUGCGCCACGCGCGGUGGUGGGGAAGUGGGUGGCGGAGGGGAAGUACUACGACCACCGCAGCAACACGUGCGCGGCGGGGCACAUGUGCGGUGUGUACACGCAGGUGGUGUGGAGGAAGUCAGGGCAGCUGGGGUGCGGCUCCGCCACGUGUGUGAAGGACAAGGCCAGCCUCACCAUCUGCUUCUACGAUCCCCCUGGAAAUUACGUUGGAGAGAGCCCUUAUUGAGAUUUGUUAAACAAGAAAAGAAAAAAAAGCCAUUAGAAGGGUUAAUAAUGGUUUUGGUUAGAUUUGUAAGCUUCUUGUUUGUGACUUGUAAAUUGGGGGGAAAAGUCGGGGCAAAAAAAAAAAAAAAAAGAAUUAUUCUGCUGUCUAUUGAGAGGAAUUGAAUUGUACUCUUUUUCAUUUUGGUUUUUUUUUUGUUAAUGGUUUUUAAAUUAGGGAUUCAUUAAUGGUCAGUAGGUGGUGGGUUUAGAAAAUAAUUUUAAUGAAAGAUGUUGUUUAUAAAGGGGUUAAUACUUAAUAGCCCAUUUUGUAGCCUCUAUAUAUGUUGUAACCAUUUUGUUUAAUAACAACUAUCAUGUGUUAUGAAUUCCAACAAUUAAAAUUACAGCUGUACGGUAAGAAGGGUGGAGAGAAAAAACAAGGAUUUUGCAAUAUAGGUAACAUGUGACUCAUUGAGAACAUACUCACAAAUCAGACUACACCAGUAAUGGGUUUGGACAAAAUGUUCAAGAGUGAUAUUAAAGCAGAUAAAUGCUGUAGUACAAGGGCAUGCAUAUAAUUAGUUAGAGAUCCUGGUACAAGAUUUGUCAGUUAAACAUUCGAGUUAUAUAUGGGUUGAGGUUAAUUUAAUUGGUUGUCGAUAUUGAUGUGGAAGUCUUAUUAAAAUCUUUAUGACUCCAGUACUCCUAUUUUGCUUAGGAGUGGCUAUACAUGUUCAGUCCGGUUAAAUUGGCCCAAAAUGGUUCGGUCCAGUGCGAUCUUUUUGAAAAUAUAAGGACCAAAGAUUGGAUUGAAUACAGUCUGGUUUUGACCCGGUCCGGUCCCAAUUCGGUCUUGAUUUUAUAUUGAGCUUGUGUGAAUUUGAGUGACCUAAGGCCUGAAAGGGUGAGGAGCUGGUUAAGUUUUGUACUAAGGGCAAAUGUUGGGACCGUUUAUGCAAAUUACCCUUAUGUUUUGGGUGUUGAGCUCUCUUAUCUGGUCUUUAUCCAGUUUUCGAUUCGGUCCCGAACGGUUUUUCACCUCAAAUCUAAGCCCAAACAUUGGAUUGAAUUGUUUACUAUCCGGUGCCGAUCCGAAUUAUACGAUCCAGUUUCGGGUAAACCAAAAAACCUGGACCAAAUAACGGUCUCUAAUUUUGCUGCAGCUCAUGUGCUUUUUGAGUGUAUUUUUUUUCCACUCAAUUUCCUCAAUUAAUAAAACGAGUCACCGGCCAUUAGCAACCCAAUAGGCCUUUGCAAACUUCAAUAGGUUGGAGAUUUGUUCCGCUUAAGAAAAAUACGCAUCAAAAUCUCUUCCACUAGAAGUGGUCGAAAAGAACCUGCCUAGGCCGACCGACAGAAGUGAAGUGUGUUCAUGUGAAGUUGCAGGUGGGGGAAAAGAAGCUAGCUAGCGUGGGACUCUGGAUUUUAGUUCGACGCACGCACGAGGGCCGCCAACUGAACUGACGGUCCCAAUUUUCCACCUAACCCCAAUAUCUUGUCACCCCAUAAAUGUUUUGUCGCCAUUUCUAUACCACUGAAAAUUUUGGCAAACUCUCCAAGAUGACGACGGAGGCUACAAUUUUGUUCAACUCUCGCGCCGACGCCAAGAGACGGCGGAAAGAAAAAAAAACCGAUCUCAAUGUCCGCCGCAUUUUCCCUCCUUAUAUUCUCUCACCUAAAUUUUCUCAUUAAAAAAUACAUCAUUUUAUUAUUUGAUUUUUUAAUACGUCAAACCAUCUAAAAUGUUUGAAGUCGACCUAAAAGUGCAAGUUAAGGUGACAUGCAUGUCACCGUAGCAAAGUCCUAAAGGUAUAGUUGACUGUCUGUCAUGUUCGGUGAACUAAUUAACGAAAUUGGACGAUUAGUGAUCCACGUAAAAUUUUGAGUCACAAAUAUGAAUAAAACUGAUAAAUUGAA